UAGACUUUUAAACAAGUGAAAGGCACCGGCCAUUCUGUGAGACAACAGAAGUAAAGGAGGCCAUUCAGAGGAAAGCUUCAGAGCUGCUUAUACAGGACAUAUUGAUCAGAUAUGGGCCAAGCUGCAACGCAGCCAAGUACCAACUGGCACCUGAAAGAAAAUGCAAGAGAUCACCACACAAGUAAAUUUUCUAGCGAAGAGUUAAUUGUGAGGAGAGGACAGGCCUUCACUGUCACCUUCAAUGGAACAGGACAGCCUGAACAAAAUUUAACAUUCAUCGCAGAAACAGGUCCAAAACCCUCAAAGCUGGCUAAGACCCAGGUCACAUUUGGUAUCUCCAGCACAAUGAGCACAGAGAGCUGGAGUGCAAUCCUGCAGUCUACCAGUUCCAGCUCUGUGAGCAUCUCCAUUUCCAGCCCACCUAAUGCUGUCAUUGGACGUUACAAACUGAGUGUUCAAACUACUUCAAGUGGCAGCUCCUCUCCAGCAAUCCUUGGCACUUUUGUUUUGCUCUUUAACCCUUGGUCUUCAGGUGAUGAUGUGUUCAUGCCUAACAAGGCUGAAUGUGAGGAAUAUGUGCUAGAAGAGUUUGGCAUCAUUUUUGCGGGCAAUAAAAAUCAUAUCAACAGCUUUGGAUGGAACUUCGGCCAGUUUCAAGGAGAUAUUCUCAAUAUUUGCCUUUCCAUGCUGGAUCGAAGCUUAAACUAUCGUCAGGAUCCUGCCACAGAUGUAUCUCACCGAAAUGACCCCAAAUACCUGGGCCGUGUUCUCAGUGCAAUGGUGAAUGCCAAUGAUGACCAAGGGGUGCUGCUAGGAAACUGGAGUGGAAAUUAUGAGGGCGGAAAAAGUCCAAACAGCUGGACUGGAAGUGGUGAAAUCCUGCAAAACUGGAAGAAAUCAGGAUUCAAACCUGUUAGAUAUGGACAAUGUUGGGUUUUUGCAGCGGUAUUGACUACAGUGCUUAGAUGUCUGGGGAUUCCCACUCGUACAAUUACAAACUUCAGUUCUGCCCAUGAUGCAGAUGGAAAUCUGCGUGUAGAUGAGUUUUACGAUGCUUCUGGAAAUCAACUGGACCAGUCAGCUGACAGCAUAUGGAAUUUCCAUGUCUGGAAUGAAAGCUGGUUUUCCCGCCAUGAUUUGGGCCCCUCAUACAGUGGAUGGCAAGUUCUAGAUGCAACUCCCCAAGAAGAAAGUGGAGGAAUUUAUCAGUGUGGUCCUGCCUCACGGAAUGCCAUCAAAGAAGGAGAUGUGGAUCUGGACUACGACUGUCCAUUCGUAUUUGCAGAAGUGAAUGCUGACUGUAUGUACUGGAAUUAUGAGGCCACAACUGGAAAGAAAACAUUAAUGUUCUCUAAGUCUACUGUAAUUGGCCAAUUCAUCAGCACAAAGGCAGUUGGUAGAGAUGAUCGUGUGGAUGUCACAACUGAUUAUAAAUAUGAAGAAGGCUCUACAAAAGAAAGAGAUGUUUUUAAAAAAGCCCGUAAGAAGCUGGGACUUGAGGAUAAAUUUGAUCCUACAGCACCAAAGCCACAGGAAAUCGAUCAAAAGCCUGACAUCUCAGGGAGGUUCAAGGUGGCUGGCCCUUUAGAAGUUGGCAAAGACCUCAGUCUAAUUCUGGUUCUUGAAAACUUACAGUCCGAUGCUAAGACUGUUCAUGUAAAUAUGACUGCUUGGAGCACUGUGUACACUAGAAGACCAGUUCAUGAGAUCAGGAAGGACUCCAUAUCUGCCACUCUGUCUCCCAAGGAAGAAAUACAAUUUCCCAUUAAGAUACUGUAUACUGAAUAUCAACAGCAGUUAACUACAGACAACAUGAUCCAGGUAACAGCUUUAUGUCAUGUAGAAGGUGGGAUUCAAGUGCUAGUGCAAAGAGACAUCACCCUCGACAAUCCUGCCAUCGACAUACAGGUACUUGGUGAAGCACAAGUGAAUAAAGAAGUGGAUGUGGAAGUGAUAUUUACCAAUCCUAUUGAUAUGGAAUUGAUGAACUGUGUGCUGCAGGUAGAAGGCAAUGACCUGCUCAGAGGAAUCCUUGAGAUAGAUGUACCACCAGUGAAAGCCAGUGAGAAAUCCAGUACAAAGCUUAAACUCAUCCCUUUUGAGACGGGUCGCAAACAUCUACUUGUUAAUUUCUCCUGUGAUAAAUUUGCAGAUAUCAAGACCUUUAAGAUGGUGAAUGUGAUUGACUAACAUGAAGAUAUACAAUUAAUGGUGUGUGUAUAAAUAGAACAAAAUGUCACAAGAAAUCUUGCAUAAGAAAAUAAUGAGAAAAUUAGCAAAACAAAGUCCUUGCUUCCUGUAAUAAGGAGUUAUGAACAUCAGAUCACCAAAUUUUUACAUUGUAAUUUUAAAUAAACUG